AUGAACUUCAACAUCGCUUCAAGAGCUCAGCCGCAACAGCCGAACAGACCGGACGCGAAGCCCGUAGUGCGUACCCUCCAAACUUUCCCGAUGUUCUAUAGCUACCGCGCGGCGUUACACGCUAGCAUCUCUGGUUUACCACCGCAAGUCCUCGCCCGCAGUCCAAGUAGUCAAGACCCAUUUCUCUUGUUACCCUACAACAUGGGAAUGCGUCCCAAUUUCUCUGCUGGCUCCCCCGAAUCCCCCACUCUACCGCCCUCGCUAAUACCUCUGUCAAAGAUCGGCUCCGCCCCUCACGACGCGCCACCGUAUCCGUCGGCGAUCUAUCGGUUGCCUCGGGAGGAUGGAAGCCUGAUUACCACCUAUGGUUCCCUCGCCCUCCUGAACCUCUGGAUCUCCCUCACCGGCCUCGCACACGCCCACCUCCUCACCUGCAGCGAAGCAUCUCCCAUCCUCGGCGAGGCAUUCUCACCCCAUGUUCUCCUCUGCGCGAUCGCCGCCUUCAUCCUCGCCGGCGCGCUCAAUCUACUAGCGGGAGGCUGGGUAGGCGUGCAGGCGUGGCUGGCCGCGCGCGCCUGGGUCGCUGCGCAUGGCGAGGGAGGCUUCGUGGGUGCUGGCAGAACCGGGGAUGCAGACGGCGGAGGAUCGCCCGCACUGGCGAUCUUUGCCGCGGCUGUCGCGGGAACGCUGAUCCUGGCUGGCGUCGUCAAUCUGACGGCCGCAAAUCGCGUUAGGCGGGCGGGGAUUGGGAGGAAAGGGCGUUACGCGGUCAUUGGGAUGGAGGAGAAGUGCUAGAUGGGCGGAUCCCUCACGAGCGAAGAUGUCGCAGUCGGAGAGUUUCCAUGGCGAGGCACAUCGCUCGCCAUCGGUCGCCAACACCGCCAUCGACAUACCCUGCUCUAUCGGCGACUUGAACUGCACUCGGGCGCUCACUCCGUAUCGACUUCGGCGAUCCCGUGCGAUUAGGUUGGGGCGGUCCUUUCCCAGACCUUCAUCCUCUCCCACCUCUCCGAGCAUCAUCCCUUCAUAUAUACCCCUCGCCUUCCCUCCUUUGGGAUCGAGCACUUCCCGACCAACCAUCGUAUCAUAUCACGCGCUCAGCGCGUCACCUCCAAGUCGUUCUUCCCUGGUGGCAUAUGGCGUACCUCUUGACCCCACAAUUCCGGUAGUCUUUCCGCGUAGAAGUGGCGGCCUUCGCUAUACUUAUCCGACUCCAUACACGCAUACAAUGUAACAGUAGUGUACUAUAUCGCCGCGCAGCGUUCAACUUGACCGGUCGUUG